AUGAUGAUGAUGGUGAUGAUGAUGAUGAUGGUGGUGGGAGUAAGGUGCUUGGGUCGCUUGCUGUUGUUGAAAGCCAGAUUCUCCUGCAUUUUGGGGCUCAGGAGAGGAGGCUUGGACCAUUCUGGCUGCCCAAGAGUAGGCAACCGACUGGCCAAUGGGGAUCCCACUACAAUGAUCAGAACCUAUUGUGACGGCGUUCUGAACAGCACUCGAAGCUUCGGCCAUCAGGGAAGACGAUUCGCUUUGACUAUCGGUUUCAUCACUAGGGCCGAUCGAACUAGUAUUGGCGCCAAAAUUGUUGAAAGACUGCGGUAUGCUCAAGCUCCCAGUGUUGCUGCUAGUAUUGCUAUUACUUUUGUCAAUAGAGCAAAUACGACCUGUAUCGCAGAUUUCUGCAAGAAAAUGGGAAUUUAA